AUGCCCGGUUUGGACCCCUCUGAGGUCCGCCGUUCAUCGAUUGUGAAAGGCAAAGAAUCCAGGAACAUGGUGAAUCUGCCCAGACAUGUGGUUUCCAGGACAUCUACCGUUAUCACCUCCUUCUUACGCAGAAAUCCUGUUCCGUGCUUUGGAGUGCCUUUUGCUGGUCUUUGCUGCUUUAUGUACAGCAUGGAUUUUGAUGGCCGUUGGGAACGAAGGAAUUCAGAAGCUACAAAGGAUAUAAAGGAGAGCUCAGAAGAACUGUCCUACCUUAGGAAAAGAAGGACGGAAUUGGAGGCUGGUAUUGAGAGGUUGGAAGAAGAAAUCAUGAAGGGUGGGGAAACAGGAAGGGUGAGGAAAGGAAGUGGGAGGCAUGAAGCUUGGGGUUGGUUUGGAUAGGAGUUCUUUAUUCCAGUACUUGGUAAAACAUAUGAUUUUAUCAUGGGGUAUGAAAAUAUUUAGUAUGUACCAUCUCUACUAAUUUGAUCUUAUGUGCUGGCUGAACGAUUAGGUCUUUUUGAACAUUUGGAUCCUUGUAUUUUCCUUUCUGGAACGCACAUUUGCCAGUCUGUCUUGCUUUAGUUAUGGACCUUCUUAUAUGUUUAUAUUAUUGUGUUUUCUAGAUGUUCACUCUCAUCCCAAAUGAAGUGAAUAUUCAGUAUUACAAUCUAGGUGAAAUUUGUUAAAAUACAAUCUAGGUGAGAUUUGUUACCUCAAUCUAAUCUUUUGUUAGUACCUAUGGUUGAUUUCAUGUGGUCAAAUCAAAACCAUUGUUUCUUGUUGGUUGAUGCUCUGUAUAUUCGCAAGUCAUUUGGACCAAACAUAAUGAUUUAUGAUUUGAUAAUGUUU